AAAAGAUUGAGAACGAGCGCAUCGUACAGACUGGGAGGAAAGUACGAGACCGAGUCAAUGGAGCACAAUUCAUCUGAUGACGACUGCGGUCUUGCUUGUUGGGGAGACAGAUAGGCCAGGAGCAAACAAGCAACUUUGGACCGGACACGAGUACACCUCUGUCCUGUGCUAGCCAUGGGACGGGCACCAUCGAUUCGUGAGUGCGAAUUUGGAGAAGAAACGGAAAUCGCAUUUUCACCUGGCAUGGAAUCCCGUAGACCAAGAUCUUCCGCACGCAAGUCCCUUCGGAUCACCUUCAUGCGUAUUGUAAGUUUUUUUUUUGGUUGCUCUUUCGGAGCGGAAUCUUGUUCGAGUUCCACUUCACACUACUCGAAAAAUCACGCAGCAGUAGGUGGGUUCCAUGCGCGUGAUGAACAGGAGGAGCCUGCAUGAAAUAUAUGAGACGGGAAGAGAUCCAUGUGGAGGAGUCCCAGAUGCAACGCAACCCAAUCCGAGCUCUGGAAUGGAUGAAUCAGGAACAGUGGUCAGCUUCUUCCUUCAUAGAGGCUCGAGCCACUUUCCGAGGAGCAGAAUCUUCGGUGUAAACGCGAAUUGACCUCGAUGUGGAUGUUGAUCAAUUAAUUCUUUAAUGUGAGCGAGCUUGUUCAGAUAGACCUGUGAGUGGUGAUAACGACAUAUUCGAGAACCUGCACGCAAUUCCAGGAGUCACACAUGAAUCUUCAACCCUCAUCCUGCAGACAGCUCCUGGCCUAUCAACCAAAGGUAUCCAGUUCAGUUCUACGUAGUUGACAGUGUUUCAUGAUCGUUAAACCUACAACAUAAGGAUUUUCAUGUGUAAAUGGUGAGAUGAAGCAUAACAUACAUGUGCUAUCUUACAUGAAUUUGGUUCACAAACUUGUUGUAUUUGAGGUUUCCAUUUUUAAAAUAUGAAAUAAAUGAAGAAACUCCCG